AUGGCCAACCUUGAUAUAUCGGGUUCAUCAUCGACAUCUGGAACACCUCGUCGUCAUCCCGUAAAUGGUCGUGAAGAACGUCCAAUAAAAACCGAUUUCCUUUGUCGUGUUAAAUACAGCAAUGCACUGCCAGAUAUACCUUUUGAUACGAAAUUUUUAGCAUGUCCGUUUGUUUCCUUAAGCAGGUUCACUGAUUACAAAUCAUCUAGUUUGGAAAAAAAUUUCAAAUUCGAAUUAUUGUGUGAACCAGACUGUGGCGUUAAUAUCGAUCUUAUCAAUCCAGAAACAUAUUACGUUGAUGCGGAUAGUUCGAAAAAGCAUCAUCCCAUUGAUCUCGAACUUCUCGAAGAUGAGCAAGCAAAUCCUCAGAAUUUACGCAGAUCCUUGCAACAUAGCAAAAUGGUACCAUGGAUGAGGAAAACGGAAUAUAUUAGUUCGGAAUUUACGAGGUUUGGUGUAUCGGCGGAAAGGCAAGAAACUAGGAUUGGUUAUAGCACAAAGAAGAAAUUCCAGACGGAUGUAUUAUAUAGAGAUCGAGUAUCACAAAUUGCAGCAAUUAAAAAGACGUUUGAUGAUGCAUCGAAAGCAGUAUCACAUCAUCCAACCAAGAAAGGUGUAAUUGCUGUUGAAGAGUUACCAUUGUUACCAGAUUUCGAUAACUGGAUGCAUCCCUUUGCGCUGGUUGUUUUUGAUGGCGAUCCGAUACCACAAAAUGAUAAAGUCGAUGCGCAAACGUUGAUGCCGCAGGCACUAAUACGUGGUAUGAUGGACGAAGAAGGGGAACAGUUUGUUACAUACUUCUUGCCCUCUAAAGAAACUUUGGAUAAACGUUUGAAAGAUACAGAAAAGGGUCUUGAAUUCGAUUCUGAUUAUGUAUAUGAAUAUCAAUCAGUUCGGGAUUACAACUGGUUGGUAAGAAAUAAAUCAACAAAAGGAUAUGAACAGGACAAUUUCUUAUUUACAAUUCGUGAUGGUGCCGUUUACUACAAUGAACUGGAAACAAAGGUUUCCUUAAAUCGUCGGAAAAUCAAGCGGAUACGGCAAGAAACAAAAUUGAUGGUACGAAAUCGUGCAUAUGACGAAAAUGAAUUGAAUGCACAGCAAGAACGAUUAAACAACUUACUGCACCCAUACGAUGAAAAAGAUGACGAAGGAUUUGAGCGAGGUUCAAGUGAAGGAAGCGAGCGAAGCCAUGGGGAAGAAGCAGAAAAGAAAGAUAAUGAUGAGAAUGAAUCAGAUGAUGAAAUAACAGGAGGUUUAAAAGUUAAUAAUGCAAGUAGCAGUGAAGAGGAAAAAGAGGAAGAUUCAGCAUCAGAAGGUACGAGAAGUGAUGAUAAUAAUAAUGGUGAUGGUGACGAUGAUAUGCAUAAUAGCAAUAUACUUGGAAGUGAUGAUAACGAUAAUAAUGAAGAUGAUGAGACUUCCGGAAAAAGUGAUUCUAGUAGUGGAGAUGACGGUGAGGAUGAUAGUGAUGGUGAUGAUAACGAUAAUAAUGAUGAUUAG